AUGAUGUCUGCGGGAGUUCUUCGCCUCGUUCUCGUCUUGUCGACAUUUUGUUUAGCUGUCUACGCUCUCCUUGACAGAUCAAUCAUUGACAGAGCUGAGCUUAACGCUUGGAUCGAACUGCAAGACGAGGAUCAGUCGACGCUCAAGGUUGUUAAGGCUGAUAAAGUCACCUCCAAGAGCAAGUUGUCAUACAAGGAGGCUGAAGAGUACUGUGAGCAAGACAGUGCUCACUUGACUUCUGUUCGAUCCCAAGACGAAGAAAACUUUAUAUCAGGUUACCAGAAUCAUCUCAUCAACGUCGUAUGUUCGGAAUGUUGA